CUUUCAUGCCUCAGCGCGUUAAGCGAGAGUUCUGUCGCACUCUGGACAUGACUGAAAUGAAGUCAAUUUUUUUAACCCUAAUAUUAUUUAACUUUUUCUCCACCAAACUCCUUCAAGCCCCGUCACAAAACCAAGUUCCGACAGGAAAACAUGGAUACCAGCUCAAUUUCAAAGAGAAGUAUUUCACGCAGAGUCUUGACCACUUCAACUUCAACGCCAUGGGGAAUGGGACAUUUCUUCAACGAUACCUAAUCACUGAUUCAUACUGGAAGACUGGAUAUGGUCCCAUUUUUUUCUACACUGGCAAUGAAGGAGACGUCUGGGAAUUUGCCCUCAAUACAGGCUUUCUAAUUGAAUUGGCUGCUCAACAGGAAGCCUUGGUCAUAUUUGCCGAACAUAGGUACUAUGGCAAGUCUCUCCCUUUUGGCAAUGAUUCCUUCAACCUUGAAAAGAUUGGCCUGUUGACAGUGGAACAGGCAAUUGCUGAUUACGCCAUCAUGAUCAGUGUGUUGAAACAUCAGCUGGGAGCCACAGAUUGCCCUGUCAUUGUGUUUGGUGGAAGUUAUGGCGGAAUGCUGUCCGUCUAUAUGAGAAUAAAGUACCCAAACAUUGUGGCGGGAGCUCUCGCUGCCAGUGCUCCCAUACUGUCAGUUGCUGGGCUGAGUGAUACUGGGCAGUUCUUUAGAGAUGUCACAAAAGAUUUUGAGAGCAUCGCCCCAGAAUGCAGAGAUGCUGUCAAAGAAGCUUUUCAUCAGCUUAAAACAUUAGGUGAACUGCAAGAUUACAUGGAAAUCCAGUCUGCAUUCACCCUGUGUAAGCGUCCAUCAUCUGCAGAGGACAUUUACCAGUUAAAUGGCCUGCUUCGGAACGCAUUCACGCUGAUGGCAAUGUUGGAUUAUCCUUACAGUACCCACUUCAUGGGCAACAUGCCUGCCAACCCUGUCAAGGUCGCUUGUGAUACUAUGCUUAGUGGAGCUGACCUUCUGGCUAAUCUGAGGAAUACUGCAGGGAUUGUGUAUAACGCAAGUGGCUUGCUGACAUGUUUUGAUCUUAACAGCCUGUUUGUUAUGUGUGCUGAUCCUACUGGCUGUGGACUUGGCUUCAACAGCAUGGCCUGGGAUUACCAGGCAUGCACAGAGAUAAAUCUCUGUUAUGAGAGCAACAACAUCACAGACAUGUUCCCUGCAAUGACCUUCACAGAAAAAAAACGCAUGCAAUACUGCUCCAAACAUUGGGGUGUGAUCCCGAGACCAGACUGGCUUAAAACGCAGUUUUGGGGGGAUGCUCUCUCCACAGCCAGCAAUAUCAUUUUCUCCAAUGGAGAUCUGGACCCAUGGGCAAAUGGAGGGGUGCGAAAGUCUCUGAGUUCAUCACUGAUAGCUAUCAACAUUUCUGAGGGAGCCCAUCAUCUAGAUUUGAGAGGGACCAAUGAUGCUGAUCCGGCAUCAGUAAUCAAAGCCAGGAAGACUGAGGCAGACAUCAUCAGACAGUGGGUGAAGACAGAGAGGACAAUGAAAAUCAAACAUUCACCUUAAUGUAUUGAAUUGCAUCCGGACAGUAUUCACAGCGCUGCACCUGCUCACUGUAAAAGACAAAGCUGCAAGAUGAAUAGCAAAAAUAACGAUCAUCUUCAUCUACAGUGCUGGUCUGCAGCAGUUGUUAAGGGUGGGCUCUUACCAUGGAUUAGACUUUGACAUUAAAUACACUCAUCAUUAGAUAGGAUAAAAAACUAACUUUCCCUGACUUCAUACUGUCAUGCAACAUCCUUAAUGUCUGUAAAGUAACCAAAUAUCUGGGACAUUACAUAUCCUGUGACCUAUCAGAUGAUAGAGACAUGUACAGGUAGCGUUGUAUGCAAUAUGCACAAGACAUGUUUGCUCUUAAGUUUCCCAUGUGCUCAGUACCUGUCAAAACUUCACAUUUUAAACUAUUUAGUAACUGUAUACUGCCCACUUGUGGCAGAAAUAAACUCCAUGCGGCAUACAUAAUUUCUUCCAUAAUUUCAUGUACACUUGUGCGUAGGCUAGUGUGAUAUUAUAUGCACUCUGACCAACCCUGUUCAAAGCUUGGUUAGGCACUUCUCCAUUCUUUAGAAACACUGCGUCUUUGCUUUUAUGGCAUUAGAUGAACAUGUGUGUGUCUUGCUUGUUUUGUGUCCAGAAUAAAGUCUGAAGAUUAUCAGGAUAAACAACAUGCAACACAA